AUGUCCACUACCUCAAAGGCCACACCACCCUAUAUAUGCGAAUGGGAGAAGUACAGCUCCACUCUCAACCUCAAUACUUUCCAUAAACUUCUUCCCGUUCACGACAAUAUCCUCAAGGUACUGGGGCAAGUCAUCCCAGCAACCGUGAUCCGACUGUCUAAGAAACACUACAAUCAGAUCAUUCCGAUACUCUACCGACACAUCAAAUUUGACUCCACUAACACCCAGAGAUUCUUCAGGGGAUGGACAGUCCCUGAACAUCCACAAGAGGAGAUCCACUGGAGUGAAAUGCAGAAGGAAAUGAUGAUACACGUUAAAACAAUCUCUUUCCUGGAUGAAAAAACAAUGCUUGACUUCAAUAUCAACCUGCUCAAGCUCCAUCGACUGAUUGAGAACGACGGUAUCCUCACCAGCUUUUUCGCUCAGAUCACUCAACUUCAGCUCGAUCAGCAGCUCGUCAUCGCUUCAGGAAGAAAUUGGUCAGAAGCUGAAGACGUCGAAUCGCCUUCAACACUUGUUAUUCUACUCCGAUCUUUCGAAUUUUACCUUGAUCGAUAUCAUGUUUGCUUCAAUGUCCCGGAAGAUACUUGCGCAGUGGAGCCGAAAGACUUAUCACCCGAUACGAAAGUCACAGAAGAAGAGCAUAAUCGGACCUGCCACAUCAUAGCUUUUUGGAAUGGUAUUCACGCCAAAUUCGAGGUAGUUGAAGAUCUACGGAACAAACCUCAAUGUUAUAUCUUCCAUUGGCCCAACAGUGGCCAUACGAUGACGAGUGGAAUUACCAACAUCAUCACUUAUAGACAGCAUCAUUUCCUCAAAUCACCUAUCAUCUUGGAUCUUACAGGGAUGGACGAUGCCAUUGCAUGUCAGUUACCAUUGUACCUCAAACCUUCCGACCUUUUCUGGUUCGUCGAUCAUAAAGGGGAUAAGCAAGAUACGAAUAUUUACGUCAUCGCUCCGAAUAAUGAGGAAAUGGCUACGAUGAUGGCGGUUGUCUCGAGAUCUACAAACUCCGAUGUAAGGACGAGGGUGGAAGAGUUCUUAAAUAUGGUAUCGGACUUCGAGAAGAGGGUGAUUUACUGGAAAGAUGAGAAAAAAGAAGAAGGCUGGGAGUGUCCUUGUGGUCAAGGUCACAGAAAGCCAUCGGAGGAAGGUGAAGAAUAA